UAACCACUCUGUGUAGGAAGUCAAGUGUGCUUGCCAUUACACCGCAUAUAAGAUGACAAACAGACACAAACACGCAGGGUUGCACAUUAAUGUUUAUUGUUAUACAUUACUGUAUGUACAGCAAACCAGAAACCAUUUUUACAUCUUUCACAAUGGUUGCCAGUAAUGAAAGAAAAGCGGGUUUAACAACCCUAGUGUGUAUCUUGUCUGUUUUCUCGACGGCAGCCUGCCACAGGAAGGACCGGGCUCAGUGUCUCAGUGUCCCGCGACCUUCGUAUUCCAGCAGCCGCCCCGCCCUAUGACCCAGCCACCGCGGUCCAUGCCGGGUAACGUUGGCUGUGCCCCCCCGGGUUCCCGCGGGCUGCGUUUACAAAGCCCCGAUGAGGGAGUAGCCUGCGCCACGUCACCGGCGCCGGUGGGUAGCAGUGGCCCCCGACUGCCCACAUCGAGCCUGCCUUGCUCAACCGCUGCCCUCUCGGUACCGCCGCAGCCUCUGUCCGGAACGUACUGCAGCUUCGUCUGCACGCCAGGAUUGGAGCCUCGGACACAGAUGAAAAGGAUGUCUUCACCACCACCACGACCACAGUGCAGCGAUGGCAGUGACGGGGCCACAGCAGGCACAACGCUCCUCAAAGAGCCGCGCAGCGUGGCCAAUUGGUGUGCCGCCCUCGCCAACGCUACAUCGAUGGCCACAGUCACCCUGCCGCUGCAGUUGAUGAGCCCACCUCCGAUCCAGCGCAGCGCCAACUCGCCGCUACACACGGUCAUGCCUGCGACCCACGUCGUGCCGCUGGAGCAGAACGGACCGGAGCACGCGCCUGCGAUCCCCUGCAACGUUGGCAGUGGCCAAAGGCAAGUUGGUUUACAGGACAGCAAACUCGUGAGUCGGCAUCAUCACCAGCCAUGGUCUGCUGACUUUUGGAUAAAGGCCGCGUCAACGACGUCCCCAUCCCUCGUGGUUCCUGUGAUACUGAAAUUCGCAUUGCUCCUCUGCGGUGAACAUUCUCGGGUGGAUGCGCUCCUUUGACUUCUGCUCGAUUAUUAGUCUAGAACAUUGGUCAUUAGCCUAGACCAUCAGUCAUUA